AAAAUAAUGGACGAAAAAAAUACAGCAGAUGGGUACAAAUUAGUUAUAAAUCUAGUUCUGAGUAGGUAGUGAUCUUUGAAGAAAAAAUCACGAAAGUUAAUGGGGAAGUGGCGAUAAAAAGAUACCAGAGAGGCAAGUUCUUGGGAAAGGGUGGUUUUGCCAAGUGUUAUGAAGCAACAAAUUUGGAGACAAAGAAAGUGUUGGCUGCCAAGAUAAUAGCUAAAAGCAGUUUAACCAAGAACAGAGCUCGUUAAAAGGUUAUAUAUGUGAUGUAAUCAAUUAGCUUAUUUCAGAAAUAAAAAUACACAAGAGUUUGCAAAAUACAAACAUUGUGCAAUUCGAGCAUGUCUUUGAGGAUCACGAAAAUGUAUACAUUUUAUUAGAGUUAUGUUCCAAUCAAGUAACUAUCAUCCAUUUAAAUUAGACUCUAAAUGAAUUAAUAAAACGACGCAAAAGACUAACAGAAAUAGAAGUGCAAUGCUAUGUUGCAUAGAUAAUUAACGCACUCAAAUACUUACACGCCAGCAAUGUGAUUCAUAGAGAGUAACUUAAUAUAUAUUGCAAGUCUCAAAUUAGGAAAUCUGUUCCUCAAUAAGUCGAUGGAACUGAAGUUGGGAGAUUUUGGUUUGGCAACCAAGUUGGAAUUCGACGGAGAGAAGAAAAGAACUAUUUGUGGAACACCCAAUUACAUAGCCCCAGAAGUUUUGGAUGGAAAAGUAGGUCACUCCUUUGAAGUUGACGUAUGGUCAUUGGGAGUUAUGAUUUAUGCUAUGUUAAUUGGAAAACCCCCCUUUGAAACCCCAGAUGUCAAAACUACAUACAGGAAAAUCAGAUUGAAUUCAUACACUUUUCCAGAACACGUCCUCAUAUCUGAUGCAGCCAAGAAUCUGAUCACAAGAAUUCUGAACUUGGAUCCAGUUAAAAGACCCACUUUGGAUGAGAUUAUGGCUCAUCCAUUCAUGAAUACAGGUGGAUCUAUACCAAAGACACUCCCACUGUCUACUCUUGCUUGUCCUCCCUCCGCAUCCUAUAAUAAACAAUUCUAACCAUCCACAAAUUCAAGCAGUCUGAAAAUGUCAGUAAAUGCUAUGCCUCAGAGAUUGACUGAAACCACUCCAAACAAUUAGAAAAAUCAACAAAGACCAGGCAAUGGCUCAUCUGAUCGUUUCCCAUGUAUUCAUUAAUAAUUAUUCUAUUAGUGUAGAAACCAACUUCAAGUGGAAAUAUUUUAGAAGACAACUUCGGAUCCAGUGGAUUGAAUAAUGCACAAAAUGCUGGUUAUGGUGGCUCCCAAAGACCUCAAUCCCAAAAACCCAAUGACAUCAGAAGUAGUCAAAGUCAAAAGGCACUCAAUCCUCCUUUUGGUGGCACUGGAAUGUAAGGCACUCAUUCAGUCAAUAAUCUUGGCUAAAGAACACCUCAACAAAAAUAAGAAAUCUAUGUGAAAAAGUGGGUUGACUAUUCCAGCAAAUACGGAUUGGGAUAUCUAUUGAGUAAUGGGGCCACAGGAGUCUUCUUUAAUGAUUCUACCAAAAUUAUUUUGGAUACAAAAACACUGCUAUUUGACUACAUGGAAAGAAGAGGAAGUGACAGAUAGGAUGUUUGUGAAUCCCAUAAUCUUAAUGAAUAUCCUAGAGAACUCAAAAAGAAAGUUACCUUACUACAACAUUUUAGAAACUAUCUUGAAGGAGAAUAAAUUAAGGAUAUGGCAUUUGAAGAAUACGAAGGUAAACAAUUAGUCUAUAUUAAAAAAUGGAUGAAAACAAAACAUGCUAUUAUGUUUAGAUUAUCCAACAAAAUUGUCUAAGUAUUCAAUUAUCCACAUAUUUAGGUUAAUUUUAUUGACAAAACCGAGAUUAUCUUGUCAUCAGAACAUAAGAUGGUUACAUAUGUAAACAAAGCUGGUGAAAGAAGUUAUUAUCCUUUAGCUACUGCUCUUGAUAGUUAAAAUACUGAAAUGGCAAAAAGACUAAAGGUAAUCAUUUUCUAAAUACCCCCUUUAAGUAUACUAAAGAAAUCUUGACUCACAUGCUCAAUGGUGGUCAUACUGGAGAUCAACAACCUAACUAAAUGACUGAAACCAAUUGGCAAAAUUCUGGACCUUGAAAAGAUUAUUUAACAUAAAAAAAUAAGUGCA